GCUUGCCUCCCGUGCACAGUCUGAGCUGGUAUACGACGAGAGCGACCCGCAUGCGCUUUGAGCUCACUGCAGAGAGCCAGGAUAAGCUAUCCUCCCAUUGAACACACACAUGCAGUAGAGCGCACCGAGCAGCAACUGCAUCCAUUCCCUGAGCAAUCUGACCAUGAAAAGAAUGGGGAGCGACCUCUUCCAACAAUCGGAUCUGUAAUGCUUUGCUAUUAAAGAAAUCACUGCAGAACUGCAAAAUAAUUCAGCAAUACCGUUCCUCCUGUACUCGACUAUGUUUAGAUGACGCAGGGUGCUGCAUAACAAGGACACUGUGUAGUCGGGGCUGCGUGGCACGAUGCCUCUUGUGAAGAGGAAUAUCGAACCGCGUCACCUGUGCAGGGGGGCGCUGCCAAAUGGGGUCACUAGUGAGCUGGAGUGUGUCACUAACAGCACUCUGGCUGCCAUCAUCAAGCAACUGGGCAGCCUCAGUAGACAUGCUGAAGAUAUAUUUGGGGAGCUUUUCAAUGAAGCAAACAGCUUUUGCAUGAGGAUGAAUAAUCUUCAGGACAGGGUCGACCUCCUGGCUGUAAAAGUCACUCAGCUUGACUCCACCGUGGAAGAAGUUUCACUUCAGGACAUCAACAUGAGGAAAGCGUUUAAGAGUUCCACAGUCCAGGACCAGCAGGUGGUCUCGCGGGCCUCUAUUCCCAACCCAGUGAUGGAGAUAUACCAGCGUUGUGACAAGCCUCCUCCACUCAAUAUCCUCAGCCCAUACAGAGAUGACAAGAAAGACGGCCUGAAGUUUUACACAGAUCCUUCAUACUUCUUCAACCUGUGGAAGGAGAAGAUGCUGCAGGCCACAGAAGACAAGAGGAAGGAAAAACGGAGACAGAAGACAGGCAGCCAGCCCACCGCAGAGCCAGUUAGGCCCAAAUCCAGGCUGAGCCAACUGCAGCCUGGCAGCCAGCCCACAGCCACCCCGUCCAGAAGCACCCUAUACAGCCCAGAGCAGAAGCAAGUGGAGGACCCGAGCCGAGAAGUGAGGAAGGUGCGCAAGGCGAGAAACCGCCGCGAUGUGUGGAACUUGAUGGCGUACGACAAGGAGUUCCGGCCCGAUAACAGGUUCUCCCCCUCUCCGUACCACGCUGUGUCUUCUGAGGGCUCGCUCUCUCCAGACAACAGGUCUGCGGCCUCUGAUGCAGAGCACUCCUACCCUGCUAGUCCGAACCACCCCUCCCAGCAGGUGAGUGCGUCCAGCUCCUACUCCACCGGCGACAGCAAGGAGCUGCUGGCGGCCCCAGUGCAGACCCAGUCACUGGACCGUGCGUACAGGGGCCCGGCCACCACAGCAGGCAGACAGAGCUCUCUGGGGAGGGUGCAGCAGCCCCACGUGCCCCUGCCCCCCGACCCAGCACUCAACGGACCGCGGCCGCCCACAGCCAAGGACUACAGUGCCAAGCAGAUCCCGGAAUACUUUGUGCCCCCAGCUCCUCCUCCCCCUCCCCCUGUCAUUCCCUCAGCGCAGACCGCUUUCGACAGUCCAGCUGCCCCCCCUGCCCCUCUGCCCCCGAGUACUGUCACUGCGGUGUCUCGACCGUACUCCCCCUCCCCCCCUCUGGCCCCCCCUAUCUCUUUCCCUCCUCCCCCGCCUCAGCCCCCUUCUGGUGGCCCUCCUGUGGCCCCUCCUCCUCCCCCUCCAGGCCCCCCCACACACCCCACUGCUCACACCGCCUCACCCUCGGCAGCGCAGGACUCACGGAAGUCUCAGAUUCCACUCGUCCCCAUGAGCGACGCGCGCAGCGACCUCCUCGCAGCCAUUCGCAGAGGUAUUCAGCUUCGAAAAGUUCAAGAGCAGAGGGAGCAGGAGGCGAAGAAGGAGCCGGUGGCGAACGAUGUGGCCACCAUCUUGUCACGCCGCAUCGCGGUGGAGUACAGCGAAUCAGACGACGACUCGGAGCUGGAUGAGAAUGAGUGGUCUGAUUGAGACAGCAGGGACCAGGGCUUCAAACCAGGCCUCGGGGCUGCCACUGCCCUAGUCAGCAACCUUCUGAGAACUGCCAGUUCAAAUGCAGUUUUCCAAUACAUAUGUAAGGCGUUGCGGGGUGUCAUUGUGGGAGCGUUUGUCAGAGCAUAUACAAAAAGACAAUAACGACAAGACCAGAAUGCUAAAUUCUUAACGGCAACUUCUUAUUGCCAGAAAGACAAUCAAUGCUAAAUUGCUCCGACUCAAGUACACUGAAGAAGCCGAACAGUUUGCCUACCUGACUUAGCUUCUUGUAGUUUUACCUUGAGAAUUUUGAUUGACUGUUUUCAAAUCAUGGAUGAUUGCUUUCAGAAGCGCGGAAGGUUUGUGUUUCAGCCACUUGCAAUCGAGAAACCUGAAUGCCUGAGUUGAAGCCCUGUGGGAUGAUAAGUCUGAAUAUAUGCUAGGCAGGCAUGAGACCUUUCUGAUUUUACUUUCUUGUAUACCGAGGUGUAUUAUAAAGUCAAAUAAGCUCAUGCAGUCUUGUCCCCACGCAGAUCUAGCCGUGGAUACAUACCAGGUUGGCCGGUCACUCGCUCACCACAAAAUAAACCGAGCUGCUGAGCAGCCAAGCGGAACAAAGAACAGGGUAACUUAGUACAAUCAAUGAAGAAUUUAUUCCUGCAAGUUUAUCUGUGUAUAACUAUAGUCAUACAAAUAGCCCAGUGCUGUACGUAACAGCUGAUGUUGAAUUACUGUAAUAGUUAAGCAUUUGUUCAAGGUAAUAAUGAAUAAUUAAAAGGAGACUGUUUUUAAUGUACAGUGCGCACCAAACUGUGUCAUGUAAGUGCAUGAUUUCGUAGUGGACUGAUGGUUGGAUUAACAUUGUGAAGCUAGCACAGAAAUGAACUGUUACAUGGAAAAAACACACACAUGCUUUCUGUUCUUUUAAUUUAGAGCUUUCUUAAGGGAAAUCUGCAGUUUUAUUAAGGAAUAAACUCCUGUGUUUAUAGGACUACUGAUAAUAACCAAGGCUUUCAAAUAAAUGUUCAUACUUUGUAUUAGUAUGAUCAACCUUAUCACUUCCCCCUUUCAUUGUGUUGACGAGAAUUGUUUUUUUUAUCAUACAUUUCUGUUUCCUGGUAAUCACAGCUAUGUAGUUAUUUCAAUUUUAAUGCCAUAGACUAAAACCCGCUGGUGUUUCCUGGUACCUAAUCACUUCCUGUUCUGUGGGUCACAUGAUCUCAUUACAGGAUUCUAUUGGCACAGCUGGAUUCUGAAACCGAGAAAAUGAUUAGAAUUUAAUAUUGUUCAAAACGUUUACAGUUAUAUCAGCAGUAAAUAUCUGACAUUUAUUUUGUGCUUUUGAAUUGAACUUAAGAAAUUCUUAUUGAGUAAAUAAAUAUCCACCAAACUGAUUUUUAUUUUAAAAACUACAAGGAUAAAACAGAUCAUACAAGGAAGUACGUGUAACUAAUACAUUCCUUGGAAGAAACAAGUACACAGUGUUACCCACCCUUACUCAUUGUGUAUAUAUAUAUAUAUAUAUAUAUAUAUAUAUAUAUAUAUAUAUAUAUAUAUAUAUAUAUAUAUAUUAUAAAUGUCUAUUUUUCAUGAAAAGAAAGUUAUUUUGCCUGCACCCACUUCUCAUAACCUGUUAUUACAUGCUCUUCCUGUAUUAGUCUGCUUCAUCUUUACUGCGCAGUAACAUUUCACAUGAAUACACCACAUAAGCACUGGACAUAAUCACCAACAUCAGUGUUAUGAAAAGUGUACAGAAUAUUCCACUGCUGGUUAAAAAAUAAAAUGUGUCUGAAUAUAAAACAAAUUUGAGCAAUCUGUCCUACUACACAGGGGGGAAAACCCCACAAAGUUGUUGUUUUUGCUUGUAUCUUUUGAUGCAUUUGCAGUAGCAGAUGUAAAGCUGCAGUAUUGUGUAUUCAGAGGUGCAGUAUCUCUUUCAUCUGUAAACGUUAUGUUAAAUUCAGAAGCCUUUGAAUUGGUGAGAUUUUGAAAGAACCCUUACAAAAAUAAUCCUUAAAGAGUCCUACAUAAUGUUUAGAUUGUGUUAUUAUAUAGUAAAAGAGUGCUUUAAGGUCAGUGAAACAGCCGCCUCACAUUGACUGGUCUGUAUAGCGAGUUUUGGUGUUUGACUCUUUCUGUAGUAAUCAUGGGAAUUCUAUAGGGCAAAGGACAGGAUUCCUGUUACAAUUAGCAUAGAUUAUUCAGUACAUAUUAUACAGUACUAAAGAGGAGUAGUGUAAACAUGUGCAGCAUAUUCCUGGUUUCUGAGAAAUCAUGGGAAAUUGUACCCAUUCAACUCUUUUGCAUAGAAGCAGGUGCAGCCAACAAAGUUGAAAGGUCACAGUGUCAUGUUACUUCAAGAACCAGGAACCAAAUUAUUGGCUUGUAAAUAAAAUGGGGUUUAUAGUAUCAGGAUCUUGAAAGGGUUUAUUUUGUAAGGGAAACAGGAAUUUGAAAAGGCUACUGACGAGUUAGUUGGUUCGUUUCUUGUGAGUUUACCCCCUACUGUUUUAGUUGAGAAUUCACAAUAUAUCCCUUGCAUUUAAGGUGAAUUCAGGAGAAUUUUCCAAAAGCAUUACACACAGUUGCCUCUGAUUACUAUUUCACUACCGUACAGCACAGCAUGCCACUAGCAGCCAUCACAUUUACACAGGGUGCUUAUGAAGUCACUUGUGGGCUAAACUGCAAUAGAGGAGAACGGCUGUUAGUUACCACAUAACAACAUAAGAAAAGUUGCAAAAGAGUGGAAGCCAUUCAGCCCAUAAGUGCACAUCCGGUUCCUAUUAGAGGAAUGAUAGCAGAACUUUGUCUAGCCAGCUUUUAAAGCAAUUGUAGCUCACAAAAUAGUUCCAUGAAAUGUCUCGCAUCCAUUCAUCUAAAGUGCAGUUUUGAAAGAAAGCCAUGUUUUAGUAAACAUCUAUUUUCAUUUUAAAACAUGCUAUCUGGUUGAAGGUUAGAGGUUAAAGAAAUCUCAGUUUUACAAUCCAUGCUUUUAGAUUGUCUUGCACGUUCUGUGACAUUUCGCUUGGAGGGUGAAAUUCUCCCCACCCCUUUACUGGCUUCUUUUCUAGCCAAUAAGAAAUCAGCUGCUUCCCCUAUUGACUGAUGUGCUUUCAGUCAGUAACAUGACCCAGAAGACACUGCUGUGGUGGAAUGAUCCACAAGAGGAAGCAGAUUACCCAAGAAUAAGGUAUACAAAAGAGCUUCCAAAUAUCAUGUUUAAACAUGCUAGAAUAUGUGUUUCUUUCAAAACUGCACAUUUGAGAUCUAUGUAGUUAGUGAUAGUGCAAAAUGCUGGAUUAGUACACUUUUGACUAUAUAACCAAGCAUUCUGAUUCUCUUUUUAAUUGCUUCCCCACACUGCCUGGUUGCUGACAGCGACAAGUCUACUUGUAUAUACUGCAGCAGCAAGUUAAUGCAACUUAGUGUACAUUAGCACCCCCUAUGGGUUACAAUUGUGGUGUGUAAAUCCUACCUGCCAAAUCUUAUUCCUCAGUAAAUACACUUCAUCCAGCACUGCUGUUCAGACCCAAUAACCACACUGCAUGUUAAAUGAUGUGGCUGUGUGGCUUUUCAAGGUGAAGGUUGCCAGAGUUUUCUGUAUUGAACGUUCUUAUCUGAUGUGCUGUUGAAACGGUUCUUUCUUGAGGCUGAAGAAAAGGUACACUGCAGCUUUCAGGUAUACUGUAAGUUCUAACGAAUAUGUAUGUAUGGCCUGCAGUUUAUAAUAACUCAAUAUAUGUCUUUUUAAAGGAACUGUUGUAUACAUUUUUGGUAAAACUGCUUGUAAGUAUUUUUGGUUAUCUAUAUAAAGUGGUAUAAUGUAUGUGUGUGUGUGUGUAUAUAUAUAUAUAUAUAUAUAUAUAUAUAUAUAUAUAUAUAUAUAUAUAUAUAUAUAUAUAUAUACAUACACCAUGUGGAACAUAGAUGU